UGUCUUCACACAAAGUUUCCCCUCUAAUACAUACCCGCGCCCUCAAACACUCCCGCGCUCGCACACAUUCGCACACGCUCGCACACGUCCGUACAAUAGGUAUGUUAUAGAGCAAGCAAGUGUAGCAGUGUCGAGAUAUGCUUCUGGACUUGAGAACCCCUGGCAAGAAUUAGGUCUACAAGCAAUAUGGCUGAUCCAACGGCUAUUAUAUCCAUCAUCUCAAGCUUGGUGGCAGGUAUCGACAGCAGCGUCUCUCGCGUCAAGUUUAACAAGCGCAUCUGUGGACGACUGGCUAGAAAGUGCCGUUGGAUUGAGAAACGCCUGGAAAGCGGUGACCUGGGCUCUCCAGAUGAUCUUGCUCUGGUAGCACUCAAGGAGCUACUCGAGGAGUGUGCCAAGGAUCUGAAGAAGUUCGCAGGCUCUGGGUUCCUUAUGCGUAUUAUCAGAAGUGGUGGCAUCCCUGAGAUCUGUGAGAUACACAUGGGAGAGCUGGAUGACUGGGUAGGCAGAGCACAGAAGACGUCCCUCAAGGCCAAGGACGAUACCGACUCUGACCCGGAUGACGACGAGUUUGAUCAAGACGACGCCAUGAGAUACGACAUUAAAGUAUCCAAUAAUCAGCACGAUGCCAGGAAAGUAUUUCUUUCUACCUUGGCACCUCCCAGACUUCAAGAACGAGCAAUUGUAAAUCCGGACCACCUCGGCCAGGACAGAGAACUGGUCGGAACAUUCUUGUUUGGCAACAUCUACCGGGGAACGUACAAAGGAGAUGCUGUUUAUAUCCGGGAGAUAGGCAGCGAUAUCCACGAGGGAUAUAUCAAGAACAUCAAAGAUGGCAUCCUGCUGGCCCAGUGUCUCUCGGACUGCAGUAACAUCGUACGGAUUUAUGGCUUCUGCGGAGAUCGAACAAUUGUGACAGCCAUGCCUGCCAACGGACCCCUAAACGAGUACCCGGGCAAGCUGACUUCCCUUGAGAAGGUCACCAUUGCACGCAAGGUUGCCGAUGCACUGGUCUUUAUGUACGAUAUCAAGGCAAACGCAAAACGUGUCGUGCACAGAGAUAUCAGAGCCGCCAAUGUCUUGCUGACCGACAAGCUGGAGCCCAUACUUACAGGGUUCGAGCUAUGCAAGGAAGAGGGGUGUAUUACAGCCCAACGUCCCGCUGCGGAGGAAAGCAUCAAGAGAUGGUGGGCCCCUGAGAGGAUAGAAGAUUUUGGAACAUCUCCAGAGACGGACGUGUACUCGUUCGGUGUUCUCAUGUAUGAGAUCUCGACUGGCAAGGAGCCAGAACUUGGCGCAGAUCUUGUGGGGCUGGAGGGUAACAGGAUCUGUGCCGAAUACACCGCGCUGAUGCAAAAGUGUCUGCAGCGACGCAACAACGCGAGACCCAAGAUAGAUAAGGUAUACGAGGAGUUGUUAUCCAUAGAGACAGGUCUUGCGUAAAGGACCCAUAUUGAGUUGCCUCUAUACAUAUACCAAUAAAAGAGAAGGGAUUUCCGAACUGACCAAGAAGCAUCGUUGGGUACAGGGAUAUGCAGAACUUGAUACGACCCCAAAGAAAUGCGCUCAAUCAAAGACGCAGUUUAUCCAGGAUCUGUUUAGCUCAUAUUGCGCGACGAUCCCCCUCGUCAAUGGACGCGCGUG